AUGGCUCCUACUCAACUGGAACAAUACCUCAGUAGCAUCAUCGAUAUCGCCGUACAGGCAGACCCUGCUGCUGCUGCCUUGCUUUACGCUGGAUUGAUCAAAAACACUUUAUUAGUUCGCAAGUCCGUCAAAGGAAGAGAAGGACUUCUUGACAGGCAGAAAUGGAAGAAUAGUGUUCGCCUUGGACCCAGCGGAACACGAUUGUACGGGGUUUGCGACAUUUCACUUGAAGGAGACUCGUGUUGGAGAUAUCUUGUUAACCCUGAAGUAGAACCCUCAGCCCAAGGCGAGACGGCACAUCAACUCCCUUUACACAGCAGCCAUAGUAUACGACUAACGGUGAGAGAAGAAGGAUCUGAUGGCCCUAAGGACACAUUUACAGUCGCCACAGGGUUCAUGCAGCUCUCAAAGGAAUGGCAACAUGCUUCCCCGGAUGGAUCGUAUCAUGUCACAACGUAUGAGACUGGAUGGCCAGUUAAAGUCACAAGACUCAUUAGGGUUUGGGAAGAAGACGAGAAAAAAUGCGCUCGCAUCACAUGCAGUACAUAUGCUCGAGAACGGCCAAAUGAUGGUUUCUCAGACUUCAAUUCCGCAAAACAAAUCAGGAUAGAACUCGAACUGCUGGAUCCCUUUUACAUUAUCGUUCGUUCUAAUGAUAACUGGAAGCAGAUAUUUCUUCUGCUGUUCCACCACGCAUGCCUGAGACUCUUUAUUACGUUCCUCAACAUCUUGGAAGCAGAUGAGAUCGACCACGCAGAUGAUGCAGCCACAAACCCCAGCAAAGCCGAGCUUCGGCAGUGGAACUUGAAGACAAUCAUCAAACGGUCGUACGAAUAUCGAGACCUUGCAGAGAUGGGCCGUAAAUUGAUGUCCACCACGGAAUCUCUGAUUGAUGUUGUGAGGUCGAUGGCUCCGGUCGUUGACACACCACUUCAUACGAAUAAAUUCAUGGCCAUUGAAAUGGAAUUGCGAGGGCUCUGUCGGGAGGCAAGCGAGCAACUCCAGAACUUCUCAGACCGACUUGAUCACGAUCUGAAAUAUCUUGAGCUCGCGCGGAACAUCAACCAGAAUAGAGGCGUCCAGCAACUUACCCUCUUGGCCACAAUAUUCCUACCUUUAUCCCUCGCGGCUGGUGUUCUGAGCAUGCAAACGAGGUUCAAAGAUCUGGGAACACUACUGUACGACUUCUUCGGCGUGGUGGUACUUCUCGCGGCUAUCGUUCUCAUUAUCAUGAUCCUGUUGAGUCUUGUGGCUGUUAUGAAAGAAUUAGACAGUAAAUUCCUUCGAGUUGAAUCCUAUAGGGAGAGCUUCCGAGGAAAGUUUCUAUCAGCGGUCAACAUUGGCUUCUUUGUCUUUGGGUGCCUGGUACUGACAUCUUUCUUGGUUGGGAUGUUCAAAGAUGUUACGCUUGGGGCAAGAAUUUUGGGGUACGGGGUCGCAGCGGUAUGCGGCUUAUGGAUUGUUGCGCUGUUCCUGGUUCUCGGUGGCAUCGUGACUUGGUACUUGUGGAAUCGAUGA